GAGUCGGUGAAGUGUAAUCGUUGCCUUUGAAGUGAACUGAAAGCUAAAUGUGAUGAAGUGAAAAAUGGUGAAAUAUGAUAUCGGAGAAACCCCCCGUAAACGGCGGCGUGGGCCCGCCGCUGCGGCCGCGAACUUUCCGCAGGAACUGCGGCGAUCAAGUUUUCAUAACUUCACCAUCGAUCGUGUACAUCGACACAAGCGUCAAGUGUCCAUACUACAGCCAGAACGACGAAGAUAUCGGCAGAGUGCCGAAAAACAAAAGUAGCAAGAAGGAAAACUUACAAGAUACUGUCAAAUUGAUAGACAUAUUAGAGGAGAAAGGAUGGCUUAACAUCAGAACUGUUUUGAAAGAUAGAGAGUUCGAAAUCCAGGAUGUCGUUGCUUUUAUUGAGCUUUAUAGCGUGAACCACACAGAGAGCGGGUGCGAGUCGGGCGCGUGUCGGGUCGGAAGCACGGCGGAUAUAAUUCCGCGUAUUUGUACGGACGGCAACAAAUCAAGAGAGGGCGCGAGCGCCCGUCCUUCACCCGCGCGUGAACACACUAUUAGACCCGCCGUGUACCCGACCCGACGCACGCCCGACUCUCACUCGCUCUUUGUGUGUUUCACGCAUAAAUCGCAAUGUCCUGAGAGGCCGCUGUAUCCGUCACCUUAA